AUGCGACAAAUGCCAGAAAUUUGCUCCUAUGAUUCACCAGCCCGGCGAGCAACUACAUUCGGUCUUAUCGCCAUGGCCAUUCAUGAAAUGGGGAAUGGAUAUUGUCGCCCCCCUGCCAAUGGCACCAGGCAGUUCAUCGGGAGCAAGGUAACACAGUUCCUUGAAGACCACAAAAUCCAGAGAAUCCUGCCAACGCCUUACCACCCAUGUGCAAACGGCCAGGCUGAAUCCAAGAAUAAAACCAUCAUUCAGAACUUAAAAAAGAAGCCGGAGAGCGCCAAGGGAAAGAGGAGAGAAACGCUGCCCAAAGUACUGUGGGCAUACCGAAUAACUUCAAAGUCAAGCACAGGGAAAACACCUUUCUCAUUAGUAUACGGUGCCGAGGCUUUAAUACCAGUGGAGAUCGGGGAGCCGAGCACUAGAUUCCAACACACCACCGAGAGCUCGAACAACGAGGCCAUGACACGGCCCUUGAACUACUGGAUGAGAAACGAGAAGCCUCGCUGA